AGCUCUCGCUGUUCGCUUUCCCCGUCAAAGUCUCACAAGGCAGCGAGAAGUAGUCGUCGCAGAGUUUGUGUGGAAAACACGAGCCAAUUGCAGCUUCCUGCCUCUCAUUUCCCAGCUUUCAUUACCGGUUUUCUUCUGAGUGAUUCCAGACCAGGGGACGCGAGCAGAUCGGAUCCCCAGGCAGCCAAAUUCAUCCUUAAAUUCAUCCAAACGUUGAAAAAGAGACUGAAAAUGUGUAGUACCUGCUUUCCAGCCAAUGGAAAUAGAGUUCGUGUUAUUGUAUUUACAGAUCUUGUUAUUGCGUUGUUCCAUACGAUUUACCGGGUAGCCGCAUUAGGAUCUAUUCUAAAACGCGUGUUUGACAUGGAACGAGGGCAACAAAUAAAUAAAAACAAUGAGGACUUAUCCCUGGAGCAGCUUACCAUAAUGAAAUUUUCGACAGUCUUCCUCAUCACUGCUGCGGUUGUGGGUCUUGCUCUAGAAAUGUUUCUAUUUUUUCUACUGAACAAUGGAUACAGAUCGAAAAAUUAUCGACAUUGUCGACAUUGGUUCAUUGCUCGAAUACUUAUCCUAAUUUUGAGUGUGCUGGGUUCUGUGAUUGAGCACGUGCGGAAUGAGUAUACACUAAUUGACGGGAUUCUGGAAAUUGAGAAGCUCUAUCGGGUAGUCACGCUCAUUCUGGUGCGAAACUUCAUGGUGGAAAUUUGUAAAGGACUGAGCGAUAACCAUUAUGAGUACAACAGCAGCGGUGUGGGGGAUGGAUAUCCCAACGGAAUUCCUAGCAUGAAUAAUAUGCGUUCUCAUAGUCAUAGUCAUGCCACAUUUUAAACUUUGUCUCAUGUCUCAAUUUCUGUACCACAAUGUUACAAACUCAAAAUGUACCUCAAAAUGUUGAACGAACAAUAAUAAAUUUAAAUUAAUUUCUUUCAUGUGA